AGACAGGAACCCCACACUCGAACAGCACCCCGAUCACCCUUCAUACCUUCCCAAUCCGAACGGUGUGAACAGGCGUAAACAGAGCCAACAAAACGUCGUCGCCUUCCACUUCAACAUGAUGCUUAGAACUGCUUCAUGGAUUUGCUACAAAUGCAGGUACCGACCUGGGCUGCCUACGGGUUCAUCGUGUGAAGCUCAGGUAUACAGCUCUGCCUGAAGGCUCCGGUACACUUUGCGAUAGGCGACGACUAUUCAAGACUGGCGGCAAACUGGGAAUAUGGGGGUCACGACUGAACCAAGAACCCUUGGAAGGGCCAAACGGACGUUACCGCCUCCAUGGACUUCGGCCAGGAUCGGGGCGCUAUUGCUGGUAGCUGUUGGUGUAUUCGCAUUCUCACAGUUUUCUCCAUUUCUGGGGCAGAGGCAAAUCCCGGAGUUGAGCUUCAGCUUGCAUGGCAGCCGAAUAUUUGCGUCGGAUAAGGGGGUGGAUGAUGACUGGGACGAUAUCCCUCCUUCUAGAAACAUCAUAUGGCGUAAAUGCUUUGGCGACUUUGACUGUGCCAAACUCGACGUACCACUUGACUGGCUUGACCCUUCAGAUAACGCUCGGGCCAUCAUAGCAGUCAUCUGGCUACGAGCGACAGACCUUGAUGACUACCGCGGCCCCGUGUUUUUCAACCCUGGCGGCCCCGGUGGUUCUGGGGUAGCCGCCAUGAGGGACCGAGGAAAGCAUCUCCAGGAGAUUAUCGGGACGAACCACGAUCUCAUCAGCUUUGACCCACGCGGAGUUGGGGUCUCAACCCCAGAGAUACAGUGUUGGCCGACUGAGCAAAGCGCGAAGAUGUGGCAGCUCUUGGACAUUGGCGCUGUAGACGCGCAUCCCGGAGUGCUGUAUGAUGCUUAUGCGAGGGCUACUGCACGCUCAGGCGCUUGUGCACGUAGUAUGGGUGGCACUCUUGACCCAGCAGGUGCUGAGCAUGGGGUCUUGAGCUACGUCGGCACCACAUCUGUCGCGAGAGACAUGCUGGAGAUCCUGACCCAGAUGGGAGAGGAGAAACUGAGGUACUGGGGCUUCAGCUACGGCACGAUGCUCGGUGGGACGUUUGCCGCCUUGUGGCCUGACAAGGUGGAACGGAUGGUGAAUGAUGGGAAUGUCAACUAUAAGGAGUGGAUGGCCAAUAACAGUACGACAUUUUCCAGGGACUCGGACAAGGUGAUGGCUGGCUUUUACAAAUAUUGCCAUUUGGCCGGACCAAGCGAAUGCGCCUUUUAUAGGUCAACACCUGAAGCUAUUGAAGAGCGCCUAGACGCACUCCUAGAACGCCUCAGACGCCAGCCAAUUGUGGCACCUCUGACACUUCAUAUAGCGGACCUACCAGAGGUAAUAUACUACUCUAGUGUGAGGCAGCUCAUAUCUGCUUCGUUAUACCAGCCCGUCUUAAUGUUCCCGACUCUGGCUCGUAUCCUUGAGUCCCUUGACAAGGGCGAUGGCGCCGAGUUCAUUAAUUAUUACAGCUCAUCGCAGAAACCGCUAUCCUGUGACUGCUCAUUGAGCAGCCCAAUAGUCAGCCCAGUGUUCAAAGAGAGCACGCCUGACGCAUUCGGAGCUGUCCUCUGUGCGGAUGGCGGCGAGACAGACGAUUCAAUAGAAGCCGUAGAAGCCUAUAGCAAAACCCUGCUAGGCAUUAGCAAAGCAGCAGGUCCUGUCGACGUCACGACGAGAAUGAGUUGCGUUGGCUGGAGAGUUCGAGCGAAAUGGAGGUUUGCAGGCCCUUUCCAGGGGAACACCAGUCACCCCAUCCUCUUCAUUGGCAACAUAGCCGAUAAUGCAACACCCCUUCGCAGCGCCUAUCUCGAUGCAGAAGGCUUUGCAAAUGCGUCAGUGUUGGUUUAUGAUUCAUUCGGGCAUACCACUCUCUCGACGCCCUCAACGUGCAUUGCCAAUCAUAUUAGGGAGUACUUCCAGACCGGCGCCGUGCCGGUUAAUGGGACGAUUUGCAAGCCAGAUACUGCCCCUUUCCAGCCACUCCCAGGAACGGACGCGAUGAGAGGGUUGGCGCAGUCUAAAUUGACGGAAGCUGUCUGGGAGCUUGCAAAGAAGAAGAGGAGUCCGUUGGUGUUUUAAUAGCAGAUGAGCCGGCGAGAUUCUAUUCCCUAGAGAGAGUCAGGACGAGAAGAAUCAUGUUAUUAGCGAAACGGUGGGAUCGUAUACUAUAGAGAGACCGGGGUACUGGAGUUAUAUUAUAUGAUGGGGACAUGACACUAUUGUCAGGAAUGAACGAUAAAUUAGCAUAGCUUACGAUUAGCCCAUAGUUUAGAUUACACUAGAAAUUAUAACAGAC